GCCAAAAUUGCAUAACAACUUUUUCCCUCUGCUCCCAUCCUUCUUUCGUUAAUCCCAAUACUUGCACAAACACACGCUUAAUCCCACGUCACCAAUCUCCCUCUUUUCCGCACACUCUCCAUGUCGCCGUCCGGCAACGAUUUCACUGCCGCCGGCGACGGAUGUACCUGUACCAACGACGGCGAAGAAGAUAAGCAAAAAACGUGCUCGCAAUGCGAAAAAAAUAAGAAAUUAGAUAAAACUAAAAUUCGACGCAGCAACGGGAUGAUGACGUCAUCGUCGUCAUACGCUUUGCUUAGCUUCGAUUCGUUUUCAGUUGAAGAUUAUGAUAAAAAAUGGAGAAUAUUUACAGCUAGUGUUAAAGGAUUUGCGAUCGGAGCUGGUAUUAAAGGCGGAUUGUCACUUUUUGCUAUUCUUGCUAGAUUACGCCGUAGACGAUCCUUAUCUUCCGCUAAGAAGGUACAAAUGGCUUCAGGUGGUCAGGAUUUGGUUUUGGCACUGAAAGAGACAGUCAGAUAUGGUCUCUUCCUUGGCACUUUUGCUGGGACUUUUGUUUCAGUUGAUGAGUUAAUAGCCGCUUUGGGAGGACACCAGAGAACAGCAAGAUGGAGGGCUUUAUUAGCAGGGUUAAUAGCUGGACCUUCAAUGCUCCUCACUGGAUUCAAGACACAACAUACAAGCUUGGCUGUCUAUAUCCUUAUGCGUGCAGCUGUCUUGGCAUCACGUUGUGGAAUAAAGAGCAAGCGAUUUGGAACCAUUUGUAAACCUCUUACGUGGGCCCAUGGAGACCUAUUCCUUAUGUGUCUCUCUUCUAUGCAAAUAUUGUGUGCAUACAUACUAAAUCAGGAUAGCUUGCCUCUUUCGUACAAAUCAUUUCUAAAUAAACAUGGUGGAAAGGACCCAGUCAUCCUUCAAGGUGUUAAAGACAUUGCUUGUGGCAUGCCUUUUACUAAUCUAGAGCAGAUACAGAAGUACUACAAGAGCACGGGUGUUGAUGUCAUACUCGAUCCUCAAAUGAAAGUUCCCUGUUCGAUUGUACAUGAAAAUCAAUCAUGUAGUUGGCAUGCGUUUUCAUUCUUUCUCCAAGCAUACAAAAGAGCAGUACCAGUUUAUCUUCCAGUUUAUCUGAUUCCUGCACUUAUAGUACAUCGACAGGGACUAGGAAAACGGCCUUUCACAAUAUUAGCUAAAGGUCUUUUUGGUACCGCAAGAUCAAGCUUGUUCCUCUCUACAUACUGUACCUCUGCCUGGAUCUGGACAUGCUUCCUCUUUAGGAUUUUUAAGAGAUGUAACAUCACCAUGUUAGCAUUGGGCACGUUCCCAACCGGUCUUGCAUUGGCAAUUGAGAAGAAGAGCAGGAGAAUAGAAAUCUCACUCUACUGCCUUGCUCGGGCGAUUGAGAGUUUUUUCACAACCAUGUCCGAUGCAGGUUACAUGCCCCAUUUAAAGAACUUGAAAAGAGUGGAUGUGUUAAUAUUCAGCAUUUCAACAGCGGUCAUAAUGCAUUGUUACGCCAUUGAAAGAGAAGUUUUCCGAUCUAAAUAUUUGAACGUGCUUGACUGGGUGUUCGGUGUGCCCAUUCCUCCACAUGAUGCAACCCCACGAAAAAAGAACGAUACAAAUUGAUAACUUUAUAUGCUUUGUAGUGAUGCAUGAAUUGCAGGUAAUACAAUAGUAUUUGAUUUUUACUUUUAUUUUUUGUGUUGAUAAUAGAAAUCAUGUUGUACGCAUUGUUUCUUAACUAAUGAAAUAGGAAAUAGGAAAUAGGAAAUAGGGAUUUUGUAUAUUGGACAUUGAAAUUGGGGUUUAAUGACACUGGACAAAUAACUUUAUUUAUUUAUUACUAAAUUUAGAUUGUGCUUA